CAUCGGCCCACCGCACCACGGCGGUCGGUAACCAACGCUGCUUCUGUGCAAAGGAAUACUCCCGUUUCAUCGACCAGUCAACAAGUGACCUGUCCAUUGCAGUGUGCAGAUCAUCACCUGGUUCGAAAUUGCCCGGUAUUUUAAGCCAAAAAUACUCAGGAGCGGCGGGAAAUCGCACGGUCAAAAGGUUUGUGCUGGAAUUGUCUCAGUUGUUCCCAUCAAGUGAGAUCGUGCAAAUCCGAGUAUUCUUGCCGUUCGUGCAAGGAACGGCAUCAUACGCUGCUUCAUCAACCACCACAACAACCUACAGUCGCUUUGUCAGCCCAAUCAGAUGAUGAUAUGGUGUUUCUCGAGACGGCUAUUGUGUUCAUCGUAGACGAUUAUGGAGAGAAGCAUGAGGCACGGGCGCUUCUGGAUUCGGGCUCUAUGUCCAACUUCAUUUCGGAUACGUUAGCUCGGAAGCUCAUGACACCUCGAACGAGAGUUAAUGUAUCAGUGUCUGGCAUCGGAACUUCAAGGCAGCAGAUAAAGGGUUCGACCACGGCGAUCGUUCGUUCAAGGAACCUUCAAUUCACCACCCCAUUGGAGUUUCUGAUCCUGGAUACACCCUCGGCGGACAUUCCCACCUCACCAAUCAACGUGUCUACGUGGAACAUCCCGGAUGUAACGCUAGCAGACCCCACGUAUCACAUCCCAGGCAUGGUCGAUGUGGUCAUCGGUGGCGAUACGUUCUGGGAGUUGCAUACCGGACGUAAGCAAUCUCUCGGUUCGGGUCUGCCAUGGCUGGUAGAAACGCAGUUUGGAUGGGCGGUAGCAGGAAACACUACGCAUUCGUCUCAACAACAUCGGGUAUGUAAUAUGGCAACGAGCGACAGUCCGUUGGAAGCCAUAUUGACGCGGUUCUGGGAGAGCGAGACCAUCUUCGACGAGCCCGCUCUAUCUCUGGAGGAAGACAUGUGUGAACGUCAUUUCAUCUCUACUACAACCAGAGACCCAUCUGGCAGGUAUGUCGUACGUUUACCACAAAUUCCUAAUACGAAUAUCGUUUUAGGAGAAUCGAAAGCAAUCGCUGAUCGUCGUCUCCUAGCGGUGGAACGGCGGCUUAAGUCUAACCCUGCAAUGAAGGAGGAGUAUAGUAAAUUCAUGUCGGAGUAUGAGCGCUUAGGGCACAUGAAACAACUCACCGAGCCGGUGGACGAUUCGUGUGAACACUACUAUCUCCCUCAUCACGCGGUGCUUAAGGAAUCGAGCACAACCACCAAGGUCAGGGUAGUCUUUGACGCGUCGUGCAAGACAGCUUCUGGCUACUCCUUGAACGACAAACUCCUGGUUGGGCCGGUGAUCCAAGACGAUCUGUUCACCAUCAUCGUUCGUUUCCGGUCUCACGCAGUCGCACUCUCAGCAGACGUUGAGAAAAUGUAUCGCCAAAUUCUCCACGAUUCUCGCGACACUGAUUACCUGCGCAUUCGGUAUAGAGGAAACACCGCAGAGCCGAUUCAGACGUUCCAACUACAAACGGUAACAUAUGGCACGUCUUGCGCACCCUUCCUAGCAACAAGGACGCUAAAGCAGAUCGCUCUCGAUCACAAGAUGCAAAACCCCCGAGCAGUGGAUCCUGUAUUGCAAGAUUUUUUUGUGGAUGACCUGCUAACGGGAACAGACGAGUUGGCAGAUGCAAUUCAAAUGCAAAGGCAGAUUUCCGAGAUGCUCAAGCAGGCUGGAUUCGUGUUGAAGAAGUGGGUCUCGAACGUACCCGAAGCACUAAUCGGCAUUCCUUCAGAAGACCUUGCCAUCCUUCCUACUCAUGAAUGGCAAGAUCCCCAAUUUGUAUCGACGCUUGGAAAACGGGAAGCCGUGGGAUUGGGAUCGUGA